AUGUACCGUGCGAUGGACGUUUCCGAGAGGGCGCGCCAGAUCAAGCAGAUCGCGUUCCAGCUGGACGUCCUUGAAUCGAUCUGCGCGGGGCCUUACCUCGCGGGAGAUCAGAUCACGACGGCAGACAGCGCUGUGUUCCCCACUGUGGUGUUCAUGGUGCAGAUGCUACCCGACGUGUUUGGCUGGGCGGACGUCUUUGCGGGCCGCCCUAAGCUCGCGGCCUGGUGGCGCGCGCUGCAGGACGACCCGGCCGCGGCGCGGGUCAUUGGCGAGGUGCAGGGCGGCCUGAAGGGAUGGGUGGACAGGGACAGGUGGACCGAGCUGGGGAUCCGCGAGCAGGUCAAGGACACCAGCUACCAGUGGGCUUACUGA